AUGGAUGACGCUGAGGAGAGUCAACCAUUUCUUUCCGAAAGAAAAAGCAUGAGAGAAGUUGUCGGAGACCCAAAAAGCCUGAAGCGCCAGCUGGCUGACUGGAGCUGGGUGGUUUCGACAGUGAUAUUUGCAUCAUUGUCGGUUUUCUUAUACUUCCGAUCCACCAGAAUCAAGACAUAUGAGAAUGGGUUCUCAACAGACUUGGAUGCGCUGAAACCACAAAUUCAACUGCAUCAAGUACAGUUUACCGGCGGACUGGAGCUAAAUGAGACCGGCAAGUUGCACCGCAUCAUCGAUCCGGAACAACCACAGUAUGUCGGGCCCCCGACGCCUGAGAUUGACGCGGCGUGGGACGAGCUGAUGCUGGGUGAGAUACCGAUCUUGAGCCAUUCUACUGCGUGA